GGAGCCGGCGGAGCCGGAGGAGGACGGAGGAGGAGGAGCAGCGCCGCGCCCCCGCCCCGACCGCCCGCCCGCUCGCUCGAGCGCAGGCCGAUCGCUCCAGCCGCAGCCGGCGGGUCCCGGCCGCCUCCCGCCGGAGCCCGGCGCGGGCAGGGUCCGGGCCGAUGGGCAGCCCCGGGCAGCGGCGGGCGGCGAGGAGGCGGCCCCGGUAGGCGCCGCCGCGAGCUCGCGGGCUGCAGCAGGUCGCGGUGGACUGCGUCUCCGAGGAUCUUGCUCUUGGCCGUGUGAGCAGGAGCUCACCACCCCCAGCCAGGUGAAGGAAACACUCCUGGCCAGAUGUCUUAAGGGAUGCUGCUGGAAAGGACGGAGGUGGACAAAAUUAUUACAGACUGAGAAGCAAGUUGGUUUUGGGGGAACCAUACUCUGAGGAUGUUGUUUGCGUUUGGUUAACAAGAGGAAAUACAGCUCUAGAAGAAGCCUUUGUAAAUAACAAUGUAAUUAGGUUUACAGCAGUCUUCUGGUGAGACUGGGAGCUCCUUGCCUUGGCAGACAUGAGUGACCCCAGGCAGUCACAAGAAGAAAAGCACAAACUCGGCAGAGCCUCUUCAAAGUUCAAGGAUCCUCCCCGAAUCAUGCAGUCAGAUGAUUAUUUUGCUCGAAAAUUUAAAGCCAUCAACGGCAACAUGGGACCCACCACUUCUCUAACUGCCUCCAGUUCCAAUGAGAGUGGUGGUCCAGCUAAUGGUACCCCGGCCGUGCCCAAGAUGGGUGUGAGAGCAAGGGUGUCUGAGUGGCCUCCUAAAAAGGACUGCUCCAAGGAACUGACCUGCAAGACCCUAUGGGAAAGCCGAUCCCAGACCAGCUAUGAAAGCGUCACAUCCAUUAUACACAAUGGGCAAAAUGAUGGGAGCGAUGGCCAACAGGAGGAGCCGCUCGAUCUGGACUUUGUGGAGGCAAAGUAUACCUUCGGAGACAUCUUUGUGCACUCCCCACAAAGAGGACUGCACCCCAUAAGACAGAGAAGCAAUAGUGAUGUCACCAUCAGUGACAUUGACGCAGAAGACGUCUUAGACCAAAAUGCAGUGAACCCCAACACAGGGGCUGCCCUUCACAGAGAGUACGGAAGCACAUCGUCCAUCGACCGGCAGGGCUUGUCGGGGGAGAACUUUUUUGCUAUGCUUCGAGGGUAUCGGCUGGAGAACUAUGACCACAAGGCCAUGGCCCCUUUUGGGUUCCCCGAGUUCUUCCCCUGCGACCCAGCGAUCUCCCCCAGCCUUCACGCUGCAGCACAGAUUUCUAGAGGCGAGUUCGUACGCAUCUCAGGAUUAGACUAUAUGGACAGCGCCCUCCUCCUGGGGCGAGACAGGGACAAGCCUUUCAAACGGAGGUUGAAGUCAGAGUCAGUGGAAACGUCCCUCUUCCGCAAGCUGCGGGCCGUGAAAAGUGAGCAUGAGACGUUCAAGUUCACCUGCGAGCUGGAAGAUGGGCGUCUUGAGAGGGGGGUCCGCCCUUGGAACUGCCAGCGCUGUUUUGCACACUAUGAUGUCCAGAGCAUCUUGUUCAAUAUCAACGAAGCCAUGGCCACGCGGGCGAACGUGGGCAGGAGGAAAAACAUCACCACCGGGGCCUCGGCGGCAUCCCAGACUCAGAUGCCAGCCGGCCCGCCGGGCAGCUGUGACUCCCCGCUGGGGAGCAAGGAGGACCUCAACUCCAAAGAGAACCUCGAUGCCGAUGAGGGUGACGGGAAGAGCAAUGACCUGGUCCUCAGCUGCCCUUACUUCCGGAAUGAGACAGGCGGGGAAGGCGACCGGAGGAUCGCCCUGUCCAGGGCCAACUCGUCGUCCUUCAGUUCUGGGGAGAGCUGCUCCUUCGAGUCUUCGCUCAGCUCUCACUGCACCAACGCGGGCGUCUCGGUCCUGGAGGUGCCCAGGGAGAACCAGCCCAUCCACAGGGAGAAGGUGAAGCGUUAUGUCAUUGAGCACAUCGACCUGGGGGCCUACUACUACCGCAAGUUCUUCUACGGCAAAGAGCAUCAGAACUACUUUGGAAUCGAUGAGAACCUCGGCCCUGUGGCAGUCAGCAUCCGGAGGGAGAAGGUGGAAGACCCCAAGGAGAAGGAAGGGUCCCAGUUCAACUACCGGGUGGUCUUCAGGACAAGUGAGCUGACAACGCUGAGAGGAGCAAUUUUGGAAGAUGCCAUACCCUCUACCGCCAGGCAUGGGACUGCACGUGGGCUCCCGCUCAAAGAAGUUCUGGAAUACGUCAUUCCUGAGCUCAGCAUCCAGUGCCUGAGGCAAGCCUCCAGCUCACCCAAGGUCUCCGAGCAACUGCUCAAGCUCGAUGAGCAAGGGCUGAGCUUUCAGCACAAGAUCGGGAUCCUGUACUGCAAGGCCGGCCAGAGCACCGAAGAGGAGAUGUACAACAACGAGACGGCAGGGCCAGCUUUUGAAGAGUUCCUGGAUCUGCUGGGCCAGAGAGUGCGGCUGAAAGGGUUUAGUAAAUACCGAGCCCAGCUGGACAACAAAACGGAUUCUACGGGAACGCACUCGCUGUACACGACGUACAAAGACUACGAGCUCAUGUUCCACGUGUGCACCAUGCUCCCCCACACGCCGAACAACCGGCAGCAGCUCCUGCGGAAAAGACAUAUAGGAAAUGACAUCGUGACCAUUGUCUUCCAAGAGCCCGGAGCACUUCCUUUUACUCCGAAAAGCAUCCGGUCCCACUUUCAACACGUCUUCGUCAUCGUCAAAGUGCAUAAUCCAUGUACCGAAAACGUGUGUUACAGCGUUGGAGUUUCUAGGUCGAAAGAUGUGCCACCAUUUGGUCCACCAAUUCCCAAAGGUGUAACUUUCCCCAAGUCAGCAGUAUUUCGGGACUUCCUUUUAGCGAAAGUCAUCAACGCAGAAAACGCAGCCCACAAAUCGGAGAAGUUUCGAGCGAUGGCCACUCGGACGAGGCAGGAGUACUUGAAGGACCUGGCGGAGAACUUUGUCACAACUGCCACCGUGGAUACCUCCGCAAAAUUCAGCUUCAUCACUCUGGGCGCCAAGAAGAAGGAGAAGGUGAAGCCCAGGAAGGAUGCCCAUCUGUUCAGCGUAGGAGCCAUCAUGUGGCACGUUGUGGCGAGAGACUUUGGCCAGUCUGCGGACAUCGAGUGUCUCCUUGGGGUUUCUAAUGAGUUCAUAAUGCUGAUCGAGAAGGAUUCCAAGAACGUGGUCUUUAACUGUUCCUGCAGGGAUGUCAUCGGGUGGACAUCUGGGUUAAUGAGCAUCAAGGUGUUUUAUGAACGAGGAGAAUGCAUCCUUCUGUCCUCAGUGGACAGCUGUGCUGAAGACAUCAGGGAGAUUGUCCAGCGCCUGGGCAUCGUGACCAGAGGCUGCGAGACCGUGGAAAUGACCCUGAGGAGGAACGGGCUGGGCCAGCUGGGCUUCCACGUGAACUUCGAGGGAAUCGUGGCAGACGUGGAACCUUUCGGUUUUGCGUGGAAGGCCGGCCUUCGCCAGGGUAGCCGCCUUGUGGAGAUCUGCAAGGUGGCCGUGGCCACACUGACCCAUGAGCAGAUGAUCGACCUUCUCCGGACCUCAGUGACUGUGAAGGUGGUCAUCAUCCAGCCCCAUGAUGACGGCUCGCCUCGGAGAGGGUGUUCAGAGCUCUGCCGGAUCCCCAUGGUGGAGUACAAGCUCGACAGCGAGGGUGCCCCCUGCGAGUACAAGACUCCUUUCCGGAGGAACACCACGUGGCACCGCGUGCCCACGCCCGCCCUGCAGCCCCUGCCCAGGGUCUCCCCGGUGCCCGGCACGCCCGACCGGCUGCAGUGCCAGCCCCUGCUCCCGCAGAGCCAGGCCGCCAUCCCCCGCAGCACCUCCUUCGACCGGAAGCUGCCCGAUGGUACCAGAAGUUCGCCCAGCAAUCAGUCUUCGUCCAGCGACCCCGGACCCGGCAGCAGCGGACCCUGGAGACCACAAGCUGGAUACGACGGGUGCCAAUCUCCCCUGCUGCUGGAGCACCAGGCCUCCGGCCCUUUGGAGUGUGACGGGGCCAGGGAGCGGGAGGACACCGUGGAAGCAAGCAGACACCCCGAAACCAAAUGGCAUGGGCCGCCUUCCAAAGUCCUGAGCUCCUAUAAAGAAAGAGGCCUGCAGAAAGACGGAGGUUGCAAGGAUUCUCCCAAUAAACUUUCUCACAUCGGAGAUAAAAGCUGCUCCAGCCACUCCAGCAGCAACACGCUGUCCAGCAACACCUCCAGCAACAGCGACGACAAACACUUUGGGUCUGGGGACCUCAUGGAUCCCGAGCUGCUGGGGCUGACGUACAUCAAGGGGGCCUCCACGGACAGCGGCAUCGACACGGCCCCGUGCAUGCCCGCUGCAGUCCUGGGCCCCGUGCACCUGGCGGGCAGCCGGUCCCUGGUCCACGGGCGGGCAGAGCAGUGGGCCGACUCCGACAUCCCGGGGCCCGACGAUGAGCAGGCCAAGAUGUAUGCGGUCCAUGGCUACGCGCCUGGCAUCUCCACCAGUGGUGCUGCCGACGGCAGCCUGGGCGACCUCAGCGAGAUUUCGUCCCACUCCAGUGGCUCACACCACUCAGGAAGCCCCUCGGCUCACUGUUCGAAAAGUAGCGGGUCUCUGGAUACGUCCAAAGUCUACAUCGUAACUCACGGCGGUGGUCAACAGCCCCCAGGGUCCAUGUCCAAGCCCUACCACAGGCAGGGGGCAGUGAACAAGUACAUCAUCGGCUGGAAGAAAUCGGAAGACAGCCCGCCCCCUGAGGAGCCUGAAGUGGCUGAGUGUCAGGGGCUGUACGGUGAGAUGGACCUGCUGUCCUCGGCAGCUCAGCAGCAAGCAGUAGUGGGAGACGCUGUCUCAGAAACUCAGCACGUGCUCUCGAAAGAAGACUUUCUGAAACUGAUGCUUCCUGACAGCCCCUCAGUGGAGGAGGGGAGGAGGAAGUUCUCGUUCUACGGGAACCUGUCUCCGCGGCGCGCACUGUACCGCACUCUCUCGGACGAGAGCAUCUGCAGCCAUCGCAGGGGCUCUUCCUUCGGCAGCUCCCGCAGCUCCGUCCUUGACCAGGCGCUGCCCAACGACAUCCUGUUCAGCACCACCCCACCCUACCACAGCACCCUGCCGCCCCGGACCCAGCCUGUGCCCAGCAUGGGGAGCCUACGCAGUGAGUGCCCAGGGUGGACCGCGCCGGCCUCGCGGGCUCUCUGGGGCUUCCCUGGUGGCUCAGUGGUAAAGAAUCCGCCUGCCAAUGCAGGAGGCAUAGAGAUGCGGGUUCGUUCUCUGGAUGAGUUCUGGUUCUCCGAUGGGUCCUUAUCGGAUAAGUCCAAGUGUGCAGAUCCUGGCCUGAUGCCCCUCCCAGACACGGCCACAGGGUUAGAUUGGACCCACCUCGUGGAUGCUGCCCGAGCAUUUGAAGGUCUUGACUCAGAUGAAGAACUUGGGCUGCUCUGUCAUCACACCUCCUAUCUAGACCAGAGAGUGGCGUCCUUCUGUACCCUGACAGACAUGCACCCCGAGCAGGACCUGGAAGGGGCCCAGGAGCUGCCUUUGUGUGUCGAUCCUGGCAGCAGCAAAGAUUUCAUGGACCCAGCUGGGGAGCGGUCUCCAUCCACACUGACUGGGAAAGUCAACCAGCUGGAGUUGAUUCUUCGGCAGCUGCAGACAGAUCUUCGGAAGGAGAAGCAGGACAAGGCAGUGCUACAGGCCGAGGUACAGCACCUGCGGCAGGACAACCUGCGGCUGCAGGAGGAGUCGCAGACAGCUGCCGCCCAGCUGCGCAAGUUCACCGAGUGGUUCUUCAACACCAUCGACAAGAAGCCGUAACCAGGCCGCCACCCACCUAGGGCCCCUGGGGAAGCCCGGAGUCCCUUCAUAGUCGCCAACAUGUGGUUUCUUGCUGUGCUUCUGGCCCAUCGUAGCUGUGUUUGCUGUCCCACUCUGUCUAGCACCAUGCCCCCAGCAGGACAGGGAGCCACCGUGUGACCGCAGAGAGCAACGCCCGUGAAGAUGAAUGUAACUCUGGUGUCGAGAUGAAUGUAAACUCUGGUGUCAGUGUGGACCUUUCAGGCUCUGCUGAAAUGGAGCUCUGUGUGGGCUUACCUCACAAGGGACGAUGGUUGGGCUUUAUGUAUCAGGUGACCCGGUAGAGAUAUUAAAGCAGAUUACCAUAGUUUGGGCUUUAGAAUUGUAAAAUAAACAUGAGAACAAAUAAUCAGACAUAUACUUUAAUGUUAAAGGUGCUCUAUUUUUUUGGAUGUACAGUAGUUUUAUUUCCACAGCCACAUUAUCAUAGCAAUAAGAAAGAAGCAGAUCAAAUAGUUGGAAAAGCCGUGUUGGGGCAGGGGGGACAGAAAAAGCACUGAUGUGUCUAACACGAGUUCAAAUGCAGUUCCUUUAGAGACUUAUUUAUUUGCAGGAGCAAACGGUGCCUGAAUAUUAACAGUGUUCUGAUUAAAAAAAAAAAAAAGAUUCAUAUGCCUUGUAAAUGGCUCACUGAGUAGUCACUUCAACUCUUAGUUCACCUUUGUAUAGUUAAUGCUCUGUUGAAAAAAAGCGUCAACCUGCUUACUUACGAGAGCUCUCCUGUGUGCCGUGAGCCAGCAGAAUCACUUGUAUAAUGCCAAAUUUGUUUAUCUUUGUACAGAAGCUUUGAUGAAGUGUCUUGUAUUUAACACCCUUAUUUAAGCUUAUUUAACCUUAAAUUGUUAAUUUUAUAAACUUUGGUUUCACCUGCACUAUGACGGAGGGCAGUGUAGGUGGCAGAGGGCUCAGAAGAGGCUGAGCUUGCCAGAGCAGAGUGAGGAGCAGGGCCGGACCUUCUAACAACUGGAUGCUGCUAGUAACAAGUUGUUUGUAUUGCUUUACCAUUUUUAACUGUUCUAUUUGAGAUGAACGUACCUUUUGCUUUUUUUAAUAAAUGUUUAAAAUGAGUCCA